UUCUCCAAAAAGCUACAACAAAUUAGUCAAAACAAAGAAGCACAGCAUAAAGUUUUAAUACGAAGAUGUAUAUCCGAAAUACAAAUUAUCCUGUUAUUUAGUUUUAAGCCCAAUAUAGAGGUCUAUGUCUGGUUAAAAAUUCGAAAAACUAUUUGCCUACGAUAUGGAAAUAACAUUGGCUCUCAUAAAACCGCAUGUGGUGCGUAACACACUUGCCUUGCGUUCACUAUUGGCAAUGAUAAAAGCCAAUUUUACUGUGCUGGAAUCCAAACAAAUACACAUUACGAAACACCUUUCGGAAAAAUUUUAUGCAGAGCACCAGGGAAAAUUCUUUUAUAAUCGCCUUACAACAUUUAUGGGAAGUGGACCUUCGUAUGCAUUGAUACUUCAAUCAGAUGGUGGAAUUUCAAAGUGGCGUUCCUUGAUGGGCCCUACCAAAGUUUAUAAGGCUAUUUAUACGAAUCCCGAUUGUAUACGUGCCUUAUAUGGAUUAUCGGAUACUCGCAAUGCCUGUCAUGGUUCCGAUAGCCCAGAAUCAGCUUUAAGGGAAAUUGACAUCCUAUUUCCAGAGUUCAAUAUAACGGAUGCUUUGAAGGCCAUUGAAAACAAGAGCUGACUGAAUAGUUGAAAGGAUUUUAUUGAAUAUUUGUUUGUUGUUAUUAUAAAGGGAAAAUUCGAUAGAAAUGGAAUGAACGUAAGACAUUUCUUGAAAUAUGGCAAUGCAACUACCUCCUAAA